CAUCAUGAAGUAGAAUUUGAUCAUGGAAGUGUCAAAUUUUAUGGGAUAACUCAAGAUCCAGAAACAAAUAAUUAUGUAAUGGUUUUGGAAUAUGCAGAUGAUGGAAGUUUACGAAAAUAUUUAGACAAAAAUUUCAAUAAAUUAAAUUGGAAAAGUAAAAUUAUUUGCUUAAAUGAAAUUAUAACUGAACUUGAAUUUAUUCAUGAAAAUGAUUUGAUUCAUCGAGACUUGCAUAUUGGCAAUAUAUUAAAGUUUCAAUAUAAAACUGCUAUAACUGAUAUGGGAUUGUGUAAACCUGCAAAUUGUGAUAUGCAAAAAAAUAACGUAUAUGGUGUUUUGACUUAUAUAGCUCCUGAAAUUUUACAGGGAAAAAUUUAUACAAAAGCUGCAGAUAUCUAUAGUUUUGGUAUAAUUAUGUAUGAAGUAAUUUCUGGAUUACCUCCAUAUCAUGAUAUGAGACAUGAUGAAUGUUUAGCAAUAAAAAUUUGUAAUGGAAUUAGACCAAGGUUUAAUAUUAAAGUACCUCAAUUAAUUGUGCAUUUAAUUAAAAGAUGCUUGGAUGCAAAUCCAUCAAAUAGACCAAAAGCGGAAGAAAUUAGAGAUAUUUUAUACAUAUGGCAAUAUAAAUCAACUAACAAACAAACGAUAGAAUUACAAGCACAAAUUAAAGAAGCAGAUGUAGUAAACAAUAAUUCAUCAAAUAAUAUUAAACUUGCAACUUGUUCAGGAUUAUCAUAUAAAACACACUCGGAAGAUACUUAUACAAGUAGAUUACUUAAUUUUAAUAAUCUUCCUGAACCAAAAAAUUCUGAUGAUUAUUAUAAACAAAAUGAUAAUAUAAUUAGCAUUGAAACUGCAGUAUCAUUAUCUCAACGAAAUGAUGUUUCUCGAUUGAACAUUAGUGAUAAUAAUCUUUCUGAACAAAAAAAUUCUGUUUACGAACAAAAUGAUGACAUAAUAAGCAUGGAAUGUUCAGAAUCUUUACAGAUUGAUAUUUCUCAAUUGAAUAAUAACAAAGAUGGUAAAUUGUAA